CCUAGCCGCUUAUCCUGGUCAGGAGAAGUGCUGCAUGUCUGUCUGUCCAUCCUACAGCCAUCCAUCCCCUAGCCGCUUAUCCUGGUCAGGAGAAGUGCUGCAUGUCUGUCUGUCCAUCCUACAGCCAUCCAUCCCCUAGCCGCUUAUCCUGGUCAGGAGAAGUGCUGCAUGUCUGUCUGUCCGUCCUACAGCCAUCCAUCCCCUAGCCGCUUAUCCUGGUCAGGAAAAGUGCUGCAUGUCUGUCUGUCCUACAGCUGUCCAUGGAUGUGCUAUUGGAUGAACAGGGCACGAGUGGUAACCAGGUUACUGAACGAAUGGAUCGCUCAGGGCACGAGUGAUAACCAGGUUACUGGAUGAAUGGGUCGCUCAGGGCACGAGUGGAAACCAGGUUUCUGGAUGAAUGGAUCGCUCAGGGCGUGAGUCAUAACCAGGUUACUGGAUGAAUGGAUCGCUCAGGGCGCGAGUGAUAACCAGGUCACUGGAUGAAUGGAUCGCCCAGGGCGCGAGUGAAAACCAGGUGUCUGGAUGAAUGGAUCGCUCAGGGCGCGAGUGAUAACCAGGUUACUGGAUGAAUGGGUCGCUCAGGGCACGAGUGGUAACCAGGUUUCUGGAUGAAUGGAUCGCUCAGGGCGUGAGUCAUAACCAGGUUACUGGAUGAAUGGGUCGCUCAGGGCACGAGUGGUAACCAGGUUACUGGAUGAAUGGGUCGCUCAAGGCGCGAGUGAUAACCAGGUUACUGGAUGAAUGGGUCGCUCAAGGCGCGAGUGAUAACCAGGUUACUGGAUGAAUGGGUCACUCAGGGCACGAGUGAUAACCAGGUUACUGGAUGAAUGGGUCGCUCAGGACGCGAGUGGUAACCAGUUUUCUAGAUGAACAGGUCGCUCAGCCCAGAGAUCCCAGAGUGGUGAUAUCAUUUUCCAGAAAACCUCAAAUGAAAUAAUGGUAUCAUGUUCCUCUAGCACGGCUUACAGUGCCCGUGGAGAUCCAGGCUGAGAGUCUGUAGAGCUGUUCUGGUGGCUUGUAAAAGAGGCCCAGAAUCCCAUGGUGAUGUUUCUCAGUGUUGAGGACAUGGCAUCUGCUUCGGCUGACCGUGAAGGUUACUCUGAGCUGUCUGCUUACAUGAUACCCCUUUGUCUAACAGGUGAAAGCCAUCAACCGCAAGAGGAAAAAAGCCAGCAUAAUCUUCAUCGACCCAUUACUGUUUGAGACCCAGAGGGGCUUAAGUGUAGGCAUGCGAAGUAUUAAGCCUUUUGACUGUGAACUGAAAGAUCAGUUGGAGGCUGAAGCCAAAGCAGAAUACAGAGCCGUUAUCAGCUGGUGUUUGGAGCUGAUUCAGGACUAUCGAUUUCGCAUAGCUUGUGGCUCAUUUUCAGGUUCUUUCAUGGAGUACUUUGCAGAUGACAUCAGCUGCCCCGUUAGGAGGAUGUACGCACAGGGGGCCUCUGACGUGGCUUUCCCGAGCAAGCAGAUCAUGGAAGAACAAGGCGAUCUGGUGGACAACGAGAGUGAGGACGGCACCCUGGAUCUCCAAAGUGAUCACCUCUUCAAGAAACUCCUGCCUGACCGCUCCAAGGCAGCACGCAACCUAGCCAAUGAGAAGCUGGUGCAGUUCAUCGUGGAAAAGCGUGCUGUGGAGAAACACCUUCAGGCCAUCAUAAGUGGUCAGGCAACAUCAAAGUGGCUGAUGGCCUUGCUGAAAACGAGCAGAACCGUGGACCUAUACAAGACCUACUUGGAGGAUGAGGACCAGGUUGACCAGGUCUACAGAUACCUGCAAGAUGUGUACAAAAAUGCAUCCCAGACUGCUCCCUGUCUUGCGAAGGUGGACGGUGUGCGGUUGAUCCUAGAUGUCCUCUUCCCAGAGGCUGUGGUCCAUGCGAUCGCAGGAGUUUUCAAGAUAUCUCUGGAAAAAGCAGAAGACAAGUACCUAAAGGGACCUUCUCUGAGUGAAAGAGAAAGAGAAGCUUUUGACAGGGACAUAGAAGAGCAGAUGACAACGCAGUCAGUCACUCAGUGCCCUGCGUGAUGAGGAUGGAGAGGAAAGGACUGACAACGCAGUCAGUCACUCAGUGCCCUGCGUGACGAGGAUGGAGAGGAAAGGACUGCUUUCGGUUUUUGCGGUUAUUCAGUGGGACUUCUCAGAAUAUCGCUAAAUAGGACCCAUAAUAUCGCUUUCUUUUGGACCGCUCAACAAUAAAUUUAUUCUGUGUAAUAAUUUUUGUUUUGAUACAGGAUUUGCUGUAAGAAUUUGUUUCUCUUCAAAUUAUGAGACAAGCUGAUUUAUUUUGAAUGUGUAAAAAGCUUUUGGUUUGAAGCAUAGUCAUUAACCACAAGUCAUAAGCUAUCAUUGUUGUGGGGUGUGUGUGUGUAUAUAUAUGUGUGUAUGUGUAUGUGUUUGUGUGUUCGCAAGGCUUAUUAUGCAUUUUACACAUUCUUUAACCAGUUCAUAUGGUUUGAUUAUUACUGGUAAAUUAUGAGUAAACUGUCUCCCAUGAGAUAUGUGUGAGGACCCAGAGACGCUCAGUUGCACAGUUCUGUGCUUUCAAUCUACACAAAGCACUUAAUGUGUACUAUAGGCCAACGUUGCGUUCAGUGCUUGGUUUUAAAGCCAGCGACUAAACUAGGCACACUGGAAAGGACAUUAUUAAAAGCCUGAUUUGUAAAGCUGCUGAAUCAGCUGUGAAUGUCUGGACUUUAGUUCCUCCCGUUGUAUGUUUGAGAACAUAGCAUUGAGCUAUGUGCCAAUUUACCUUCAGUUUAAUAAGGUAAACAUGGAUUCAUUUCAGCCAUCCACAGGGCAUUGUUUUUCCUGUUUUUCUGCAGGUUUUGCCCAUUUACAGACAUAUUUAACAUAUCAGUCGUGAAGGUAAUCAUGUUACUGAAUCCUGAAAGAAUCAAGUAAUUUGUUUUAUUUUUUAUUAAUUCUGUGUAUAUGACUCCAAGAGUCUGUAAGCAGUGUGACGGUGGAUGAUUAAAUGUUUUUAAGUUGGCAUUUAAGAACUUAUCAAGUGCCUGAUUUUACUAAUUGCCUUUACUUGUCUCCUGGUUAUCUAUAAUUUGCCAUUGAAAAACCAUGCAUGUAUAUAAGAAACAAUAAAAUAUUCUUACACUAUAA